AUGCUAGUCUUAGUUGCCGUGGGUCAGUAGAGAGUACAGGAAGGCCAGUCGUGGAUAUUCCACGCUUCAAAAUCGCGUGUGUUCGGAAUGGUCGGUGCCACCCUAACGUGGCACGUGGGGUGAUACCAGGUGUUGCCUAGACUGAGCGGGUCGAUGCCGAUCGUUGGCGCAUGUGCGACCACCGUAUUUCGUUUCCCCUCACUUCUCUCAAUACUCACUCGUACGUUGCUAUUGUCCCGUGUGUGUUGCUCCGUCCACUUGUGUGUGCACGUUUUUAUUGUAUAUACGUGUACGACACACAUAGUAAUACCAUGCCGACUUGACGUUCUUAUACUAUCAUUCCUUCGACUACUACCACAACUACAACAACAAUAACAACAACAACAACAGCAAGUAUCUACAACUUGAACGUAACCAAUAUUCCAUAAGGAUUAGAGCCCGUGCGUGCUCCACAGUUUACACGGCAUUGCCUGUGCCAUAUCUAAGAACUGUAACGUUCUAAGCAGCUGUCACCUUUUUAUGUUUCCUAAUAACCAUCGGUUAAAACAGUUAUAGUUGUAGUUAGCAAGAGCGUGGAUCAGCAGCAGUGGCAGUAGUAGCAGCAGCAGCAACAGCAGCAGCAGCAGCAACAACCACCACCACCACCACCACCACCACCACCACCACCACUAUCACUACCACUACCGUUGCUACCACUACCACCGUUACUACCACCACUAUUGUCACUACCACCAGCAACGAUAGGACGGACGACGGUAGCGCCCUCUCUCAACGUUCUCGAUUCGAUGGCAGCCGCAACGGAGGGACGACAGGGGUGCCGAACCAGUCUCUUUCUCUCUGAUUACGAGAGGGAGAGAAAACGUUCGCGUGUUUCGGUGUAAAAAGGGUGGAGGAGGAGGAGAAAGAGAGGAAGAAGAGAGGAAGAAGAAGAAAAAGAAGAAGAAGAAGAAGAAGAAGAAGAAGAAGGACGUGGAUAAAGCGUGGAUUGGUGGAGGGGUGUAUCCGGUAGGAGCGCAGUGCUAGACCGACAGUCGCACCCCGUCUUCGUCGUCGUCGUAUUCGAAGCCACCCCACAAUUGUCAUUGCGCGGUGUGUGACGGAGAACGUCACCGAAAGCAAUCAAGUUGGAACGAAGGAAGGAAGGAAGGGAGGAAGGGAGGAAGUAACGUUGGAAUGGAUGGCUGAGAUCGGUGUUAAUCAAAAUAUACAAUAUAGAAAGAAUUUGAACGAUUUAGUAAAACGAUCGGCAAGUUUUCCGAAAGGGCGGGGGCGCGAGAAAGAGGGUGUUGGAGAUAAAUAGGGUAAGAGAGGUAGAGGGGGUGAGAAAGAGAUAGACAUAGAGAUAGAGAUAGAGAGAGAUAGAUAGAUAGAUAGAUAGAUAGAUAGAUAGAUAGAUAGUUAUAUAUAUAGAGAGAGAGAGAGAAAGAGAGAAAGAGAGAGAGAGAGAAAGAGAGAGAGAGAGAGGGAACGAGCGCGAGCUAGAGUUUCGGCUGGCAUGGUGGCGGUGCAUCCGGUUAAGGAGCUGCCCUCGCCGUGCCCAUGACGAGGCUGCAGAUCUUCCACCAGCGUCAGGCAGAAAAGACGAAGCCGGUGUGGCUGGGAGCGUCGAGGAAGGCCCGCUCCGUCAUCCGCAUCCGCGAGGAGCUCAACGACGACGACGACGAGGACAAAGAGAAGAAGAGAAAGAAGAACGGGUUCGAAGUUCCUCGUCCUACGACGACGGCAGUGAGCGACGGACGGCCGCGACGGAGACGUCGGCGCCGUUACGACGACGUCGACGACGAGUUGUGCUGGGACGUUCCUGAGGACGGUGCCGUCGCCGGAGCCGUCGUCGUCGAGCGUUUUCGCGGGUGCAUUAGGUGUUGCGUUAUUUGUGGGUGCUACGGGUGCCGGUGUUGGGAAUACACGUCAACAAAUUCCCUUCCUCUUCUUUUUCCUCCUCUUCUUCUUCUUCUUCUUCUUCUUCUUAUUAUUAUUAUUAUUAAAAAUAAUCGGGGAUUACAAGAUUCGUAAUAAUAAGCAACCUCGUGGGCAGCUGCUGCCGCCUUCUCAAUAUGCCGCGUUGCCUCAUGGCCAAGAAAUGGAAGGCUUAUCCCUGGCCCGAUCGGCUCGAUGAUCAGCAACACGAACAAAACGGAUCGGUCGGUAUCGAACAGGAACAUGUUAACACCACGACUACCGGUCAUGAUCUUCAUAGAAAUUCUUCUUCGUUGGUUAUGGACAAGAAAACUAAUAGACAACAUCACGAGCCCGAGGAGGAGGAAAUUGACGUUGUUGGUGACAGCGAUAACAGGCAGGUUGAUCAUCAGCAAACCUGUUGGGGUCCUCAUAGUCCUACCGCUGGUGCUACCGCGCCAAGUCCACCACCGUUGAAUGCUUCUGGCGCUCUUUAUUAUCAUGGUUAUACGCAUGAAGGAUGGAUUAGUCACGAGGAACCACCAAAAUAUGCAACUUUGCGAUCGGCUGCGGAAUUGGCACAGCCAGUGGUACCUUCGCCACCCCCACAGGAUAUACAAGUUGUCUCGAGCGAUGGAGCAUCCCUGCAACCAACACUUACGCCAUCCACCGUUACUACAACCUCUCAUAGUUUACCACCAAGAAAAAGCUUGUCCAUGUGUUUUACCAGCACCGGCACUGCUCUAUCCUUGCCACCUAAGAAGAAGGACAUAUAUCGGCCAUAUAGUCUUCAACCAACCACCGAAAUACGUACCUCGGCCGAGGAAGAUCUAUCAGCAGCUCAGGCUAUCCUCGAUUUGAGUGCCUCACCGGCAGCACCCACGCAUUCGGUUUUCAUUCAUACUCUCUCAGCACCUCCGACGACUCAAGUACAAGCUAAUGUUGCCACCGUUGUGCAAUUGCAACAACAACAACAACAACAACAACAACAACAACAACACCAGCAACAACAACCGACCCAACAAUUACAAAGAGCACCUUCGCCCCAACCGAUACCGGUUUCCGUUUUGGUGCCAGUACCAACGUCUCAAAAUGCUCAGCUUCGUCAGCAAGAACAUGCGCCACCUCAGCCCCAAUCUCCGGCCACUGCGGAAAGCAAUGUUUCUGGAAAUUGUAACGGAAGGGAUAGCAGUAACGGUGGCAGCAAAACGGUCGCCUACACCUAUGAGGCCUUCUUUGUGUCCGAUGGUCGUUCGAAACGUCGCGGGAGUAACAAUGGUGCCGUGGUGCCCGACAAAGAAGCCGUUCAACCUGACAGGCCAAAGUUCACAUGCACCGAAUGCGGCAAACAAUACGCUACCUCGUCGAAUCUAUCGCGGCACAAGCAAACUCACCGUAGUCUCGAUUCUCAGUCGGCAAAGAAGUGCAUUCACUGCGGCAAGGCGUACGUCAGUAUGCCAGCACUGGCGAUGCACGUGCUAACGCAUAAGCUUGCCCAUAGCUGUGGUGUUUGCGGGAAGAUGUUUUCAAGGCCUUGGCUACUUCAGGGUCAUCUUCGUAGCCAUACAGGUGAGAAGCCUUACGGAUGCGCACACUGCGGUAAGGCAUUUGCCGAUCGUUCGAAUUUGCGAGCGCACAUGCAAACCCAUUCGGCCGACAAGAAUUAUGAGUGCUCGAGAUGUCACAAAACGUUCGCUCUUAAAUCCUAUUUAAACAAGCAUCUCGAGUCUGCUUGUCUUCGGGACGAAGAUGUUCAACAACAACAACAACAACAACAACAACAGCAACAGCAACAGCAACAGCAACAUCAACAUCAGCAUUGUACCAACGGACCUCAACAACAACAACAGCAACAACAACAGCAGCAGCAACAGCAGCAACAACAACAGCAACAUCAGCAAAGCCCAAAUCGAGGCUUGUAGCAGCGUUACGAGAAAUUUAACAGGCUUGACGGCUGCGCCACUGUAAAUGCUCUCAGAGAAAGCUAGCGGCUUCUCGCGGUAGUUGGAUAAACGACAAAAUGGAGAAAAAAUAGAGAGAGAAAGAGAAAGAAAGAGAGAGAGAGAAAAGAAAAGAAAGAGAAAAAGAAAGCAAGCAAACAAGAAAGCAAGCAAACAAGCGAAAGCAUCGAACGGGUCGAUCUUUAAAAAGGUUUGCCAUAGAUAUUAAGUAGUAAAGUGCCAGUGAAGAGGAAGAAAUUAAAGACGGUAGGUAAUGAUGAAAGAGAAGGAAGACAUAGUAGGUGAUCAAUAAUGUCUAACAUUUUCAAAAACGUCCAGUAAUGUUUAAGUCUUAAAAGAAACAAAGAGAGAACAAAAAAAGAAACAAAACAAAACAAAAUAAUCAAGAAGUACAUAUACCCACCCACACACACAUACACACAUACACAUACAUACACGUACACACGUCGAACAAUUGACGUCCACACUGCUAUCUAGUCAUCUUAGUCGGUUAUAACUAUUACAUUACUAUAUUAUAUAUUAUUAUAUUAUAUUAUUAUAUAUAUAUAGUAUAUAUAUAUAUAUAUAUUUACUAGCGCGUACGAUACUAGUCGCGAGCUCGUUAACGAAGGCACUAUUUAUCUCAGAUAACUUAAAAUUAGCUGAACUGAGAAUCCGAAAUGGGUUUUCAAUAGUAUCAACAUUAAAAUAAUCUCACGAAAGGAAAAACAAAUAAUCUUUUUCGAAUAUCGAGAUGAUGAUGAUGAUGAUGAUGAUAAUGAUGAUGAUGAUGAUAAUAAUGAUGAUGACGCGAAACUUUGUGAUACAAAUUCGCGUCGAACAUUUUUUAAGGUCUUUUCGGUCUUCGACGAAUGAUACAAUUAUAAUCGUAUUAUCGACGCGAACAUCUUGACGAAAUGUUUGUAACGAAGAUGAUUGAAAUAUACUCGCUAAUGAUUUUAGAAAAUUCAUA